AUUUUUCUCUAUUUUAAAUUACCUAUAUAGGUUUAGUUUCUUUUUAAAGUGGACAAGAUCUUAUACAUUAUUUCUGUUGAUGUUUUAUAGAUACCUGUAUACCUAGAACCUACAGCUAGUUUAUACAUGCAUUUUAUAGCUGGAAUUCCAAAAGUUCGAUAAGAAUAAUUAUUUGUACCCACCUAUGCAUAAAGAUAUGACUUAUAGUUGGUUAGAUUACUAGGCAUGCACAAUAUUUAAUUUAUUUGGGUUAAGAUUGCUAUAUUAUUGGCAAGUUAAGGUCCAGAGCGGUUGCGCAAAAUGUGGCCACGCCCAUAUUAGGCGCAUUUCCAUCGUUAUGAUGGGUGCCUACCCUAUUUUAGGGACGAAGAGCGACAAAGCGAAAUACGGCUAAGCUAUUUUAAUUUUCUUCUUUUAUCGAAAAUACCGAUUUAUUAAAAAACGUAUUACGUGCUUUAAGCACGAAUGUUGGUAUCAGUCUAUACGAGUCUGAAACAAACCUAGAGUUGUGUCAGUUGUAGGCAAACUCGUAAAUAAAAUAAAACAAUGAGUCCACUGCCCACUUUUCAUACAUGUGUGGUAACAUAUGUGUUUAUGUACAGUAUAAAUUAUAAUGUAACCUACACAGUACACUUAAUAAUUAACAUACAAUAUUUUAAAAAUUAAUUUAGUCUAAGUAUUUUUACAUAACUACCUAACAUGAAAAUAUUAUAAUGUUUUACUAAUAUUAAUAUUACAAUGUUUUACAGUCUGAAAUCAGUACCUAUAGAUAAGUUCGGUUAACAUUUUUGAAAAUGGUACCCACGCAUUUUGCUUUAGUUAGUUUUUUAUGGCUUACAUUGUAAUAGUGAAUAUAAUUUUAAGUGUUUUGUUUGUGGUAAUAAUUAAAAAUAUAUCAAGAGGCAAAAAUCAAUAGUAGUUAGUACCUAUAUUAAUAUAUAUUAAAUGUCGAUGAUACCACACAACGACACAACAAUAUUAAUAGUGCGUUGACAGCGUGAUACUACUUAUAUUGAAAAUGAAGUCGUCGACGAGAUGGACGAAUUCUAAUUACAUUCAGAUAACACUGUUCUUGAAUGCCAUUAAUCAAUAUCAACCAAACGUGAAUGUGAUUGGUUUCUAUGAAAUCAACAGAGGAUUGCUUGGUUCGAUUUUUUUUCAGAUUUUAUCCUUGCUUUUGACAUACUUAAUAGUUCUCGUACAGUUGAAUUCUUCAUUUACCACGCCGAGUUCUGCAGAACAGGACUACAAUACUACUAUGGUAUAAUUGAAAG